UCCCGCCUGGGGGAUGGGGAGAUGAAAGCAAGAUCCGAAGGCAAAUGGCGGUCUUGUUGGAACGAGUCAGGAAUCAAUCCUAGCCCGCAUCAUUUUUUUCCAGAACCUUGGAAGAUCCAUCAUCGAGGCCCAACUUGCGACUAAGUUGGUAGCAGCCGACGCUCCACCGAGUCUGUUUUCCCUAGUUUAUUUAUUUGUUUACCUAUGAAGGUUACCCUUUUCGGCUCAUGUGGGGGAUCGCUGUUCCCUAUGACGAUAUCAGGAUGAUUAGGUUGAUUGGGAGUGUCAGCCUUCACCGCAGAGUGUCUUGGACUUUCUGGCUGGUUAACUUAGCCUGGAAUGGCUCCUCUUUUUUCUCGGGCCGGAGUGGAGCCCGUCGCUGGUUACUUUCCGUGCCAACUACCAAUCAAUCCGUCCCCUUUGCCUCUAGAAGCUGGGAAAGAAGGUGCUUCUGGUUCUUCGGUGCUUCUAGCGUUUCUAGCGUCAGCACUAGCUGGGAUCGCUUCACUUCCAAAGGUUUGCAAUCCCGCUUGCUCGCCAAUUGAAGUGCCCCGCUGGCGGGGGCUGUGUGGUGUUUUCUCCCUCCAAUUCACUCCAUUUCCCUCCUGCAUUCAUUAGGAUUCCCG